AUGGAGUGCUGCGAUCUAGAGAGUCUGGUCUUGUCUGACUGUGCAAACAUCUCGGACGCUGGCCUGGAACAAUUGGCUGGGAGCUAUGCGGUUCAAUCUGGCAGGGAACAGGGUGAUGGCUCUACUCAGGAUGUGAGUCUGGACUUCUCAGGCUGUCCAAACAUCGAUGACAGCUCAUUUGCUACCCUGACGAGGCAGUCUCUUCCUGGCGAAGCUCUUUUGGGCAUCCAAGAGCUGCGGCUGUCUGAUUGCUGGAGAGUGUCAGAUGCGCUGCUCGCCAACCUGGCAGCCAAUGGAACUCUUUGCCGACUGCAGGUCCUGGACUUGUCCCACAUGACUCUGCUAAAUCCCGGACGCGGCCGGUCAGACGCAGCCGCGGGCAUUGCUCAGGCCCUCUGUGCGGCAGUGUCGGCCGCCGGCAAGCACCUUAGGGACUUGAAUCUGGACGAUGCGCAAGUCAGCGAGGACGUACUCAUGGCCAUUGGCCAGAAGUGCAGCCAGCUCGAGUCAUUGUCGCUGAUUGGGUGCCGGCCCCUGUCAAAUGCUGGCUUGGAGUCUGUCGCUGGGGGCUGUCCAGAGCUCACGAAGCUGUCGGUGGGCGGGCCGUCGUUCCACUGGAGGGAGGACAAGGGCCUGGCGGCUUUCAGGGGCCUCAAGCACCUUACCAUAUCGCGGAGAACCACCCUGUGCACAGACUCCAGCCUCAUCAAGGUGCUGCAGCAGCAUCCGGAGCUGGAGAGCUUCCGGCUGUGCAUGAGCAGCGCAGUGACAGAUCGCGCGCUGGAGGCGCUGCCGGCAAGCAGCCUGCGCAGCCUGUGCCUGGUGGCCUGCGACGCUGUACAGGGCCACAGCAUCUCGCGGCUGAGAACCUUAGAGGAACUGCGGCUCAGCAGCUGCACCUGCUUCUCCCAGGACGCCGUCCAGUUCAAUCAGCGGGACCUGUAG